AUGGGCUCUCAUUGGCUACGAGUGAGGCGGGAGGCGGAGCUCACCAUGCGCAGACGGUUGUGCCACGUGCUCCCCACGUGGGCGCUCGCUCUGGCGUGUAAAAAGGUGCAGGUGGCGCCAGAACGUGCCUGCUGUUCCCUCCCGCCCUCGAGUCCAGCCAUGGCUUCACAGGCCAGCACAGCUCUGGGCACCGACGACAGUGGCCGCAGGAAGCCCCGUCUGGCAGCAUCACUGCAGAUCAGCCCAGGGUCCAGCUCCUGGAGGCCCUCGGCCAGUCUGGGCCAAGAGCCUGCGCCCGCCCCCAACGCAGAGAACGAUGAAGCGGGCGGGCAGCUCCAGGCCUCGGCGGCGGCUGGGGAUGGGCCCGCGGGUGACUUCCCGAAGGUGACCAGACAUCUGGGCCUGCAGCUCAAAGACCCGCCGCCGGGCCAGGCCGUGGCCUCACUUACUCAGUACGCGGCCAAUCUGGGCGUCUCCCUGAUAUUUCGAGAAAGCCAAACAGCAGACCCCUGCUCGCCCUUCUCUGUGUCCGUGGAGCUGGAUGGGGUGGUCUGCCCCCCGGGCACCGCCAACAGUAAGCCGGAGGCCAAGCAGCAGGCGGCUCUUUCUGCCCUCCACUACAUCCGGUGUCAGCUGGAGGGCCCAGCUGCAGGGGCAGAGCCCCCAAAGACCCCCAACCAGCCUCCUCUCGCUCCUCUGAGCAUAGAGAACAUUGUGACCCACGAGCAGCGCUGCGCAGCUGUGGUCAGCGCGGGCUUCGACCGCCUGGUGGACGCCAGCUCGCCGUACUGGGCCUGCAAGGGAACCGUGGCCGCAGUCAUCCUGGAGCGAGGUAGGGCGGCCCUGCCCCUGCCUCCCCGGGAAGGCCCUUGGGCCCCCUGCCUCAGGCCGGUCUUCUCUGCCCCCUUCCCCUCAGAGGUCCCGGGCGCCAGGGGCCACGCCAAGGAGACCUACCAGCUGGUGGCGCUGGGCACCGGCAGCGGCAGCUGCGCUGGGUGGCUGGACUUCUCGGGCCGGCAGCUCCACGACUGCCACGGGCUGGUGGUGGCCCGCCGGGCCCUGCUGAGGUUCCUGUUCCGGCAGCUCCUGCUGGCCACGCAGGGGGGCCCCACGGGCAAGGAGAAGUCCGUGCUGGCCCCCAAGCCGGGGCCUGGGCCCCCCUUCGCCCUCAAGCCCCGGAUCUUCCUGCACCUCUAUGUCAGCAACACCCCCAAGGGAGCCGCCUACGAUAUCUACCUCCCUCCAUCCUUGGAGGGCAGCCUCCUGCACGGCCCCCCACUCCGCCUGCAGGCCCACAUCCAGGGGGAGCUGAAGCCGGUGUGCUACGUGGCCCCUGCGCUCCGCGACACCCACGUGGGCUGCCUCUCGGCGAGCGACAAGCUGGCACGCUGGGCCAUCCUGGGGGUGGGGGGGGCCCUGCUGGCCCACUUCCUGCCCCCCCUCUACACCACCAGCCUGGUCCUGGCUGACACCUGCCACGACCCACCAACCCUGAGCCGGGCCAUCCACACCCGGCCCAGCCUCGACAGGGUCAUGGGGCCAUGCCUGCCAGCCCCCUACACCCGGACCACACUGCACCUCUUUGCAGGGCCCUCAGUGGCCCCCUCCAACCUCACCCCCAACACCUGCCAGGGCCUGAGCCUCAACUGGAGCCUGGGGGACCCUGACAUCGAGGUGGUGGAUGUGGCCACCGGGCGUGUGAAGGCCAACACUGCCCCUGGGCCUCCCUCCCGCCUCUGCAAGGCUGCCUUUCUCCGGGCCUUCCGCCAGGCUGCCCACGCCCUUGGGAAGUCCCACCUGCUGGCCUUGCAGACCUACGAGGCAGCCAAGGCCGGGCCCUACCAGGAGGCUCGCCAGCAGCUGUCCCUCCUCCUGGACCAGCAGGGCCUGGGGGCUUGGCCCUCGAAACCACUGGUGGGAAAAUUCAAAAACUGA